AUGUUAGCUACUAGAACCUCAAUACGUCGUUGUUUUUCUACUACAUCUACAUUAUCAAAAACUUUGAAAAUUGGAUUAAUUCCCGGUGACGGAAUUGGUAGAGAAGUGAUUCCAGCAGGUCAAAAAGUUUUGGAAAAUUUACCAUCUUCGUAUAACUUAGAUUUUGAAUUUGUAAAUUUAGAUGCUGGUUUUGAAUUGUUCAAGAAAACAGGAACUGCAUUGCCAGAGGAAACUGUUGAAAUUUUAAAAAAUGAAUGUGACGGUGCAUUAUUUGGAGCAGUAAGUUCACCAACAACAAAAGUUGAAGGAUAUUCUUCACCAAUUGUUGCAUUGAGAAAAAAAUUGGGGUUAUAUGCAAAUGUUCGUCCAGUCAAGUCAGUCAAAGGAAUCGGUAGACCAGUUGAUAUGGUUAUUGUACGUGAAAAUACCGAAGAUUUAUAUGUUAAAGAAGAAAAAACUUAUGAAGCUGAAGAUGGGACAAAAGUUGCAGAAGCUAUCAAAAGAAUUACGGAAACUGCAUCAAAAAGAAUUGCUAAAAUGGCUUAUGAAAUUGCUUUACAAAGACAAGCCAUUAGAGAAAAUUCAAAAGGAGAACAACUUCAUUCAAAACCAUCAGUCACUGUUACUCAUAAAUCAAAUGUUUUAUCACAAUCAGAUGGAUUAUUCCGUGAAUCAUGUAAAUCAGUAUAUGAUUCAAAUCAAGAUCAAUAUUCAGGUGUAGAUCAUAAAGAACAAAUUGUUGAUUCAAUGGUUUAUCGUAUGUUCAGAGAACCAGAAAUUUUCGACGUUGUAGUAGCUCCAAACUUAUAUGGUGAUAUUUUAAGUGACGGUGCUGCAGCUUUAGUUGGAUCGUUAGGUGUAGUUCCUUCAGCAAACGUUGGUGAAUCAUUUGCAAUUGGUGAACCUUGUCAUGGUUCAGCUCCAGAUAUCGAAGGUAAAGGAAUCUCAAAUCCAAUUGCUACUAUCAGAUCCACAGCUUUAAUGUUGGAAUUCAUGGGUUACCCAGAAGCAGCUGCCAAAAUUUAUGAAGCUGUCGAUGCUAAUUUAGCUGAAGAUAAAAUUAAAACACCUGAUUUAGGAGGAAAAUCAUCCACACAAGAAGUCAUUGACGAUAUCAUCAAAAGAUUUUAA